UUCGAAAUGCGGAGUCUCUGCAGCUAACAGUUCACGGUGUGGAUAGAGUUGUUGGACCCUUAUAACGAACAAUAAUAGAGCCUCACCUCUUGGAAUAUUUUGUGAGUAGCAAUGCCGGACCUGCACUCGCUUCCUUCUGGCUGGCGCCCAGAGCAUGCCAUCCGCAACAACGGUCCGAAUGAUCUCGCCCUUGAGCGCUGGAAGCUGCGUGAACUGGCAGAAGGUUGGCCGAUGUAUCGCGACUACUGCGAGUGGGAGAACCUAGAAUCCAUCUUCGCACAAGAUGCAUACAUCUACACAUCUUGGACGGGCAAGACCCACUUUCAAGACUUCAUCAAAGCUUCCAAGGCCGGCAUGGACAAUGGUGCCUUUAUCAUGCAUCGGUGUCUUGGUGCGACAACGGACAUCAAUCCGGAGGCGACGCGAGCAGUGACCAAAAUGAAAGCCACCAUCACUCAGCGCUUUCAAGUUGAGGAAAGCGAAGUCGAUGCCGAGUCCGAUUGCCGCUUCUGCUUUUUCUGGGAGAAGGGCACCGAUACUGUGACAGACAUUCCGAAAGGCGAAUGGCGAGCGCGCUAUGUCCGACAUUGGUACGAGAAAGACCAUCUUCUGCCGGUGGACCCUAGGAAGGUGCCUGCCAUCCAAGACGACCUGCUGAAGGUGUACCCGCCUGGCUAUCGACACCUAGCCUAUUGUCAAUCGGUUGUGGAAGGCCACAAGGUCAUCGUGGACCUGCCUGGUCAUCCCAGGGAAGGUGAUACUCCAACCGGCAAGGCGCAUGAUGCGCUGCUCUUCAAGUGCAAGACCUGGGUGGAAGGCGGCAGUAUUGACUUCUGAGACGGAGCCCAGUACAUGGAUGAUGGGAGACGGAGCCUGUAGUGAAGCAGGAAAUGGACGCAUGACGGUGGUAGAUGCUCGACGCCUAAUCGUUGAGCGGCUCUACGGAUGGAUCAAAAGCGGACACGGCUUCGCUGUUGCUACAUCGCAAUAGGCGAAGCGAUGACCGUGGACGAUUCCGGCAUGCUGAUUGUACAUCACACCAGCCAACAUCGCACAAUUACACGAGAUUAAGCAGGGCAUGAUUAAGCUCGAUGACCGUCUUCGGGUAGGCAGCGCUUCAGCCGCGUCAUGAGCGACCAACACCGGCACAGGUGACGAAGCGAAGCUGAAG